AUGCCUUUCAGAGCUCUCUACGGCUAUGAGGCAUUAUCCUUCAUUGAUUUAGCUCUGAGUGACAGUAGAGUUGCUUUGGCUCAGGAUUGGUUACAGGAGAACCAGGAUAUCAUGAGAUCUCUCAGGGAGAAUUUACAACAUGCACAAAAUCAACAAAAGAUAUACACUGAUCAGCAUAGGAUUGAGAGAGCAUUUGAGGUGGAUGACAUGGUUUUCUUGUGCUUACAGUCAUACCGGCAAAGUACCCUUAAAGGGGGGGGAGCUGAGAAGCUCAAACCAUGUUUUUAUGGACCAUAUAGGGUACAUAGGCGAGUUGGAGAGGUUUCUUAUGAGGUUGAGUUACCACCAGGCAGUAAAAUUCAUAAUAUGUUUCAUGUAUCUUGCCUGAAAAAGGCCCUUGGAUAG